AGGUCAGAGCUGCUGCCCCAGGGCCACCCUGGUGCUGGUCACCCUGGGCGUUGGGGGCACCUCCUGUCCCACCACCUACCAGCCCCGUCUGAAGUCUAGUUCGGGUCCUCUCCUUCCCCCUGUUCAAGCCCUUCUCUGCACCCCAGGUUCCCCCAAGUCUCUGAGCUCUCUCUACCCUCUGCUGUCUCCCAGAUCCCGUGUGGGCAGGUGUUCUCCUUGGAGGGGAUGCUGGCGGGGCUCCUGCUACCCCAGCUGUCCCGGCUGAGCGGGCAGAGCCUGCCUGCCACGUGCUCUCAUAUCUCCGGCCAGUGCUAGGUGCCGGUCCCUUGUUAGGAACCUCCUGGCUUGACACACGAUUCCUGUUCAUCGUGGCCCUCGAUCAAAGAUGGCACAUGGGUGUAUAUGGGAACGUGUGACCCUAGUGGACAAGGUGGCCCGCCCCUUUAUUCUAGAGGAAGGAGCAGGUUCAGAGAGGGGAGGAGAUUUGUCUGUGUCCACCGAGGGGAGGGAAGGAGCGAGUGUCCAGCAGGCACUAGAACUGCAGGUGCUGUCAGCAAUCGACGGCCUUUGACCUCCUUUGAGCCUGGACUUGGGACUUGAUGUUUGUUCCCAGCUGGUGGUGGGACACAGAGCUCAGAGUCCCUGCGGCGGUGACUGUUUCUGCAUCUGGAAGAACACCUGCAUCCAGCCUCCCGGGCCUCUCCGUUGGGGCCCAGCCCGUCCCACCUGCUCUGCUGGCUUCAUGAACUCGGGCAGCCAUGCCGCGCAGCCCCACGUCCAGCGAGGACGAGAUGGCCCAGAGCUUCUCCGACUAUUCCGUGGGGUCGGAAUCAGACAGCUCCAAAGAAGAGACCAUCUAUGACACGAUCCGGGCCACCGCGGAGAAGCCAGGCGGCGCCAGGACGGAUGAGAGCCAGGGCAACACGCUGGUGAUCCGCGUGGUCAUCCAGGACCUGCAGCAGACGAAAUGCAUUCGCUUCAACCCGGACGCCACGGUGUGGGUGGCCAAGCAGCGGGUCCUGUGCACGCUGAGCCAGAGCCUGAGAGACGUCCUGAACUACGGGCUGUUCCAGCCGGCGAGCAACGGGCGGGACGGCAAGUUCCUGGACGAGGAGCGGCUCCUGCGGGAGUACCCGCAGCCCCUGGGCCAGGGCGUCCCGUCCCUCGAGUUUCGAUACAAGAAGCGGGUGUAUAAGCAAUCCAAUCUCGACGAGAAACAACUGGCCAAGCUCCAUUCAAAGACCAAUCUGAGAAAAUACAUGGACCAUAUUCAGCACCGCCUGGUGGAGAAAAUCGUCAAGAUGCUGGACCGAGGCCUGGACCCCAAUUUCCACGACCCGGAGACGGGAGAGACGCCCCUGACCUUAGCCGCCCAGCUGGACGACUCCGUGGAGGUCAUCAAAGCUCUCAGAAACGGCGGGGCUCACCUGGACUUCCGUGCCAAAGACGGGAUGACCGCCCUGCACAAAGCCGCCCGGACAAGGAACCAAGUUGCCCUCAAGACCCUGCUAGAGCUUGGAGCGUCCCCGGAUUACAAAGACAGCUACGGCCUCACGCCCCUGUACCACACGGCCAUCGUUGGGGGCGACCCCUACUGCUGCGAGCUCCUCCUGCACGAGCACGCCUCUGUGUGCUGCAAAGACGAGAACGGCUGGCACGAGAUCCACCAGGCCUGCAGGUACGGACACGUGCAGCACCUGGAGCACCUGCUCUUCUACGGGGCGGACAUGGGCGCCCAGAACGCCUCGGGGAACACGGCCUUGCACAUCUGCGCCCUCUACAACCAGGACAGCUGUGCCAGAGUGCUGCUGUUUCGAGGCGGAGAUAAGGAGUUGAAGAACUACAACAGCCAGACUCCGUUCCAGGUGGCGAUCAUCGCAGGCAACUUUGAACUGGCAGAGUACAUCAAGAACCACAAGGAGACGGACAUCGUACCUCUUGUGCCGACCAGGAGGGCAGUCUCUGGGGCUCGCCCUCCCUCCCGUCGCCCUGCCGUGGGCUGGGCCCAGUCUUGCACCGUGGACGAGCCCGCUGGCCUGCUUCCUCCCGCCCCGGGCCUCCACCGGACCUGCAGCGGGGAGCAGUCCCGUUGGACCAGCAGCGUGCCCUUCCGAGAGGCGCCGGCGUACUCCAACCGGAGGCGGAGGCCCCCCAACACGCUGGCCGCCCCCCGGGUGCUGCUGCGCUCCAACAGCGACAACAACCUCAACGCCAGCGUGCCCGAGUGGGCCGUCUGCCCGCCGGCCGCCUCCCACCGCAGCCUCUCGCCGCAGCUGCUGCAGCCGACGCCCGGCAGGCCCGAUGGCGCCGUGAAGACCAUCGGGAACUACAUCCCCGGGCCCCGCAGCCGGUCCCCCUCGCUCAACAGGCUGGUUGCGGGCGAGGAUGGCAAGAGGCACCGGCACGUCGGGUCGCCCUUCGCCCCUGGUGCCAACAAGGACCCGCUCUCGGCCUUCGAGUACCCGGGGCCCAAGAGGAAGCUCUACAGCGCCGUGCCCGGAAGGCUGUUCGUCGUCGUCAAGCCAUACCAGCCCCAAGUCGAUGGCGAGAUCCCCCUUCACCGCGGCGACAGGGUCAAAGUGCUGAGCAUCGGCGAAGGCGGCUUCUGGGAAGGCAGCGCCCGCGGCCACACCGGGUGGUUCCCGGCCGAGUGCGUGGAGGAAGUCCAGUGCAGGCCCCGGGACGGCCAGGCAGAAACCCGGGCAGACCGCAGCAAGAAACUCUUCCGGCACUACACGGUGGGCUCGUAUGACAGUUUCGAUGCCGCCAGCGACUGCAUCAUCGAGGAGAAGACCGUGGUCCUGCAGAAGAAAGACAAUGAGGGCUUCGGGUUCGUGCUCCGGGGGGCGAAAGCGGAUACGCCCAUUGAAGAAUUCACACCGACGCCGGCGUUCCCGGCCCUGCAGUACCUGGAGUCCGUGGACGAAGGCGGGGUGGCGUGGCAAGCCGGGCUGAGGACAGGGGACUUCCUGAUUGAGGUUAACAAUGAGAAUGUCGUCAAAGUUGGCCACAGGCAGGUGGUGAACAUGAUCCGCCAGGGAGGAAAUCACCUUGUCCUUAAAGUGGUCACGGUGACCAGGAAUCUGGACCCGGACGACACUGCCAGGAAGAAAGCUCCCCCGCCUCCAAAGCGAGCGCCGACCACAGCCCUCACCCUGCGCUCCAAGUCCAUGACCUCGGAGCUGGAGGAGCUCGGCCUCUCACUAGUGGAUAAAGCCUCGGUGCGGAGGAAGAAGGAUAAACCUGAGGAGAUAGUCCCAGCCUCCAAGCCCUCUCGAGCUGCCGAGAACAUGGCCGUGGAGUCAAGGGUGGCGACCAUCAAGCAGCGGCCCACGAGCCGGUGCUUCCCGGCUGUCUCGGACAUGAACUCCGUGUACGAGCGCCAAGGCAUUGCUGUGAUGACGCCCACCGUUCCUGGGAGCCCAAAAGGCCCGUUUCUGGGCAUUCCUCGAGGUACGAUGCGAAGGCAGAAAUCGAUAGACAGCAGAAUCUUUCUAUCAGGAAUAACAGAGGAAGAGCGACAGUUUCUGGCUCCUCCAAUGCUGAAGUUCACUAGAAGUCUGUCCAUGCCAGACACCUCUGAGGACAUCCCCCCGCCGCCGCAGUCCGUGCCCCCGUCUCCGCCACCUCCCUCCCCCACUGCUUACAACUGCCCUAAGUCCCCAACUCCAAGAGUCUAUGGGACCAUUAAGCCCGCGUUCAAUCAGAAUUCUGCCGCCAAGGUGUCCCCAGCCACGAGGUCUGACACGGUGGCCACCAUGAUGCGGGAAAAGGGAAUGUACUACAGGAGAGAAUUAGACCGCUACUCCCUAGACUCCGAUGACCUCUACAGUCGGAACGCCGCCCCCCAGGCCACCUUUCGCAAUAAGAGAGGCCAGAUGCCGGAAAACCCAUACUCGGAGGUGGGGAAGAUCGCGAGCAAAGCCGUCUAUGUCCCCGCCAAGCCGGCCCGGCGGAAGGGGAUGCUGGUGAAACAGUCCAACGUCGAGGACAGCCCGGAGAAGACGUGCUCCAUCCCCAUCCCCACCAUCAUCGUGAAGGAGCCGUCCACCAGCAGCAGCGGCAAAAGCAGCCAGGGCAGCAGCAUGGAGAUCGACCCCCAGGCCUCAGAGCAGCCAGGCCAGCUGCGGCCCGACGACAGCCUGACCGUCAGCAGUCCCUUCGCAGCUGCCAUCGCCGGGGCCGUGCGCGACCGAGAGAAGCGGCUGGAAGCCAGGAGGAACUCCCCGGCCUUCCUCUCCACAGACCUGGGGGAUGAGGACGUGGGCCUGGGGCCGCCUGCCCCCAGGACUCGGCCCUCCAAGUUCCCCGAGGAGGGCGGGUUUGGCGACGAGGAUGGCGCCGAGCAGCUGCCGUCCCCAGUGCCAGGGGCAGCGCCCAGGGAGGCCGAGAACCAUUUCGUGGGUGGUGGCGAGGCCAGUGCUCAGGGUGAGGCCGGGAGGCCACUGAAUUCCACAUCCAAAGCCACAGGGCCUGAGAGCAGCUCGGUGGCGCCCUCCAAGAGCAGCGGCGCAGCCGGCCCCGAGAAUUACGUGCAUCCGCUCACAGGGAGGCUGCUCGGCCCUAGCUCCCCGCUGGCCCUGGCCCUCUCCGCAAGGGACCGAGCCUUGAAGGAAUCCCAGCAGGGACCCAGAGGGGAGACCCCCAGGGCUGACCUCAACAAACCUCUUUACGUCGACACCAAAAUGAGGCCCAGCACAGAAACCGGCUUCCCUCCGGUCACCAGGCAGAAUACCCGGGGGCCCCUGCGGCGUCAGGAGACGGAGAACAAGUACGAGACUGACCUGGGCAGGGACCGGAGAGGCGACGACAAGAAGAACAUGCUCAUCGACAUCGUGGACACGUCCCAGCAGAAGUCGGCCGGGCUGCUGAUGGUCCACACCGUGGACGCCGCCAAGUUGCACGACUCCCUGGAGGAAGAGGACGAGAAAGCAGACGUGGACACGAAGCCGGACAACUCGCUGUCUGAGGUGCCAGAAGGUGUUUCCGAAACCGAAGGUGCUUUACAGAUCUCCGCUGCCCCCGAGCCCGCCGCCGCGCCCGGCAGAACCAUUGUGGCGGCUGGCUCCAUGGAAGAGGCGGUGAUUUUGCCAUUCCGCAUCCCUCCUCCCCCUCUGGCAUCCGUGGACUUGGAUGAGGAUUUUAUUUUUACAGAGCCAUUGCCUCCUCCCCUGGAAUUUGCAAAUAGUUUUGAUAUCCCCGACGACCGCGCUGCUUCUGUCCCCGCUCUCACGGACUUGGUCAAGCAGAAAAAAAACGACACUCCUCAGUCCCCUUCAUUGAACUCCAGCCAACCGACCAACUCUGCAGACAGCAAGAAGCCAGCCGGUCUUUCAAACUGUCUGCCUGCCUCAUUCCUGCCACCCCCUGAGAGCUUUGAUGCUGUCACCGACUCUGGGAUCGAGGAGGUGGACAGCCGGAGUAGCAGCGACCACCAUCUCGAGACGACCAGCACUAUCUCCACAGUGUCCAGCAUCUCCACCCUGUCUUCUGAAGGUGGGGAAAACGUGGACACCUGCACAGUCUAUGCAGAUGGGCAAGCAUUUAUGGUUGACAAACCCCCAGUACCUCCUAAGCCAAAAAUGAAGCCCAUAAUUCACAAAAGCAAUGCACUUUACCAAGACGCGCUCGUGGAAGAGGAUGUAGAUAGCUUUGUUAUCCCCCCACCCGCCCCCCCACCCCCACCGGGCAGUACCCAGCCCGGGAUGGCCAAGGUUAUCCAGCCAAGGACCUCUAAGUUGUGGGGCGACAUCACAGAGGUCAAAAGCCCAAUUCUCUCAGGCCCAAAAGCAAAUGUUAUUAGUGAAUUGAACUCAAUCCUGCAGCAAAUGAACCGAGAGAAAUCGGCAAAGCCGGGGGAAGGUCUGGAUUCACCGACGGGAGCCAAGUCCACCAGCCUCGCUCCAAGAAGCCCAGAGGUCAUGAGCACCGUCUCAGGUACACGGAGCACGACAGUCACCUUCACUGUCCGCCCUGGCACUUCCCAGCCCAUCACCCUGCAGAGCCGGCCCCAUGACUAUGAAAGUAGGACCUCAGGAACAAGACGUGCCCCAAGCCCUGUGGUCUCGCCAACAGAGAUGAACAAAGAGAUUCUGCCUGCCCCUCUGUCCGCUGCUGCUGCCUCUCCUUCUCCCACUCUCUCAGAUGUCUUUAGCCUUCCAAGCCAACCCCCCUCCGGGGACCUAUUUGGCUUGAACCCAGUGGGACGCAGCAGGUCGCCAUCUCCCUCGAUACUGCAACAGCCAAUCUCAAAUAAGCCUUUUACAACUAAACCUGUCCACCUGUGGACUAAACCAGAUGUGGCAGAUUGGCUGGAAAGUCUAAACUUGGGUGAACAUAAAGAGACCUUCAUGGACAAUGAGAUCGAUGGCAGUCACUUACCAAACCUUCAGAAGGAAGACCUAAUCGACCUUGGGGUGACUCGAGUUGGGCACAGAAUGAACAUAGAAAGGGCUUUGAAACAGCUGCUUGACAGAUAAGGAUGGCUGCGCUUUACCUUUAUAGACUUCUUGUUAUAAGUAGAGAUGGGCUUGCACUGAAAUACUAGAAUGGCCAAGCAAGUCUAUGAGCAUCAACCCCGUUCCAUGGGUUUGUCUCCUGGUACCCAAAGUAAUACUGUGUGUGUCCACGGUGUGGCUGAGCAGAGGCCUUGAGACCCUCAGCUCUCUAGGGGUUUCUUGGGCAGUUUCUGUCAAACGGGACAAGGAGAGAGUGUUUUUCUAGCAUGGAAAGAGAUUCCCAGCCUGCCUCCCAACAUGCGGGUGACCUCACUUGCCGGGUCCAAGAAGCUCCCCGUCGAUUUCGCACGGGAUCCUUGCUCUUGUAGGCAGACACCAGUGUGUUCUAGAUACCUCCUGAGACCUCCCUCCUCUGCGUUCCGGGCAGCUCUCACUACCCUAGGCCCCAGCACGAGGCCUUCCUCAGUCCUGUGGCCUCUCAGAGGACACCCGAUGCUCACUUGCUCCUUUCUGUCUCCUGCACUUUGCUUGCAGUGAGAUGCUCCCAGAUGUGUCUGUCCGGUGCCCUUUCUUGGGCCUGAAAGGUAGAGAAACUUUUUUCCCUAUACAGAUUCUUUACCCCAUCUCAUCCUGUGAUGAGUAUCCAUGGCUCUUUGGCCAUGAAGUUCUUGGCAGUGGUGGGGAGUUUGAAUGGGAUCGUGCCCAGCUUUGCUUAGCUUUCUUUAUUUCUGCAAAUCUAUUAUUAGCAUAAUUCCAAGGUGGCCAAACAGAUGUCACAUGGAGUUAGCCAAAGCACAAAGUCACGAUUCCAAAAAGGAGAGGAGACCUGGCCAUGGAAGCAGCCAGUGUGCAGCUGCCUUGGUCCUAGGUCUCCUCAAGGACGAGCGCUGCUAUCUGCCAGAAGUAUCCAUCCAGGGUGGAGAAAGGGGUUCUCUGCCUCUCAGAAUUCUUUUUCAUGAAGGUAUGUUGAGCUCAGCAAAGACCAGAGCAGGUGAGCAUCUAUUCUGACAUGAAGGACAAGAAGAUGCACAGUUCACAGUGGGCAUCAGCCCUGUGAGACGGUGUCUUCUCUGGGAGCUGGGGGGUACAGGGCCCUCAGUUCUGAGCCCGGCCACGGGUGAGCAUCUCUGCUGAGACAGUCCUUUUGCUCUCAGAGGCCAGGGAAGAUGGUACUUCGGGGCUUUCCCCCUUUUUCUCUGGGUGUCUAGGAACCCCACCAGCUUGUCUUAACAGUACAGCAGGUCCUCUGAGGACCCAGUGGGUAUGGAGUGUAGACACAACCCAGGAUUGAGAACACAGGUAGGCUGCAGGAUCAGGGUGAGCAGCAGAUGAGUAAGGCAAGGAAAGCAGGGAGGUCUCCUGGAGAGCCGGCCCAGCCUCUCUGGCGAGGCUUCCUUGAGCAUCCCAGGCUCUCCCCUGCAGCCCGCUCCCGGCAAGGAUACAUCUGAUUGCCAAGGGAGGUCACCAACUGCACAUGGGCUGCAAAACAUCCAGUCAGGCUUCCAGCACAUUCUCCCACAUUUGGAGGAUACUCGAAUGUCAGGUUUUUGGUUUUAUUAUGAUUUCAGAACUAGCUCAGCCCAUCUCUAAUUAUAAAACAUGAUUUUUUUUAUUUUUUCCUUUAUGCUCACGACCAAGUGUCUGGUUAGGUCUGGAACAGCUCUAGAAUGAAUACAUAAAAUUUAGAAAUUUAAAAUCUCUUUCUUUACUGCAAGUUUAAAUAGUUGUACAGAUAGUUUAUAAGCACAAUAUUUUAAGAAAAAAAAGUGGCUGGUCUACUAGGCAGCCUUUGUGCCACUUCAGUGCUAGAAAGUUAAAGAAAAAAAAAAAAACUUUUGUGAUUUAAUAAUACUAUUUCUGUGGAAUAAUUAUAAAAGUAUGACCUUUUUAAAUCAACCUUAUUUGGAUGCAUCUGAACCAGCAGAGCUGUGUUAUAUUUUCUAUCUUUGCUAGAACUUCAUCAUUGAAGGACAAUUUCUUCAAAAGUGAUUAUAAUUCACAAUGCAGCAGUUUCUCUAAAAAUAAAACCAAAAUAUACACACACCACACACACACAACUUUUCCAGCUACACGCCCCUGAUUUGGAAACUGAGUCUUUAGACCUUCUCCUGUUCCAAAAUGUUUUGCAGGUCAAUCUUUAUAUUUGAAUGAUCCAAUCCAACUUGAAACAAUUGAAUAUUAAGGCGCUUUACUUUCGUGUACUUUCAAUUUUUCCACUGGGGGAUGAACAAACAUUACUCUAGAGAAAUUUCCAGCCAAGAUACUAUAGGUGGCCUGCUGGGCUGCCCAAUAUUUUAGGAAAAAAUGUAAAAAUAGUGGUUUGGCCAUUAAUUUGUCUUCCAUUUGGUGACAGUACAAAAUUUAGUAAGCCCACCAUUUCACCAUGGCUCUUUUUGCUUUGCCUCCUAUUGGUAUUACCUCUGUGCUCAGUGCCAGGCAAAAUGCUAGGUAAGAGGAGAGUAAAAGAAACCUCUGGUAGAUUGUAACCAAUCACAACAUGGUGACUUGGGGUUCAUUAAACAUUGGCAGCCAGGUGGUGAGAGCUGGCUGUUACUCCCUUUCUCAAAAGACUUUAAGCCACAUGCCACUAACCAGAAGCAAGCUGGCUAAACAGCUAAUAAAAUAGUUUGUUUUUACAUUGCUUUUUAUAGAAAAGUAAUAAGACCUAUCAGAACCUGCACUCACCAAUCAACAUGUUGCCAAGAUGAAUCGGUCUCUGGCUCUAUUUGCUGAUUUUGCUACAGAGAGCAAUAUAGUUCCUCAUUCAAAUCGCCACCCACUGUUCUCCCCUCUAGGACAUGUAAGGACCAGGCCCUAUUCCAUGACCCUCUUUAAUGGUGGGACAAAUGUUAAACUGCUCAUAUAAAGAUGUUAAUACUAUUCCAGGUUUUAAGAUCAACUUUUGUUAUAUACUGUAAUUUAAAUAAACUGCAUUUACAUACCUAGUUUCUGUAAUAUCGUGUAUACAAAACCCAAAUCUAUCAAGAUGUAAAUUAUGUAUACCUGCCAAGAUACCUUCUCCAGGGUGUCUGUGCACAUUUUAAGUUAAUUCAUAUAAUAUAAAAAUGACUCAAUGUGACUGUUGAUUUGCUGAACUUUACAUAUCACAAAGUGAAUUAUUUGUGAUACUUUAGUUAAUAAAAUGGUGGAUUUUUUUCUCAGUUAUUGAACAAGCAUUACCCAAUUGAUCUGGCAAUGACUUUUUGUGUGUGGGCCACAAAUAUUGAUUUUCCCAUUAACAAUUUUUUUUUGUUUUUUAAAUACUAAUAUGUUUCACACUAUAGUUUGUGUAACAACACGUGUUCGCAUUAUCUAUGUUGCUGUUACUUUUGUGCUUUUAUUCUUUUUAGACUUUAUUAAAAAAAAAAAACAAAAACAAAACCAAGCUCCUGUAAUUUGCACUUUCUCCCAAUCCUUUAAUCUCUUGUAUGGCAACCAAAAUUACUGUAAAAAAAUAAAUAUACUAUUGCACUAA